AUGAUAGUAACGGUGAUAUGGGUCGUGCCCAUGAGUUACGGUCGUGACCACCAUGCGCCGAUGACUGGUGAAAAAUCUGAUCACGUGCCAGCGACUGAUGAUGUACCAAAUCCACCCAAGAGUCAUGGUGAUGGAACUGGCCCACCUAACGGUGAUGGAGCCAAUGUGCUCGUGCCUGGUGAUGUGCCUAAACCACACCAUGACGGCCAUAGAACCGGCUCACCUACGAAAAACGGUGAUGGAGCAAAUGAGCACGUGCCUGGUGAUGUGCCUAAACCACACAAUGGUGACCAUGGAACCGGCCCACCUACAAAUAACGGUGAUGGAGCCAAUGUGCACGUGCCUGCAGGUGAUGUGCCUAACCCACGCAAUGGUGACCAUGGAACCGACCCGCCUACGAGUAACGGCGAUGGAGCUAAUGUGCACGUGCCUGGUGAUGUGCCUAAACCACACCAUGAUGGCCACGGAACCGGCUCACCUACAAGUAAUGGUGGUGAAGCCAGUGUGCCCGUGCCUAGUGAUGUACCUAACCCACAAAAUGGUGGCCAUGGAACGGCCGACGCACCUGAUUCUGGUUGGCUUGAUGCGCGUGCCACAUUUUACGGUGACAUCAAUGGUGGAGAAACUCAACAGGGAGCUUGUGGAUAUGGUGAUCUACACAAACAAGGCUAUGGUCUAGCCACAGCAGCGCUAAGCACGGCGCUAUUCAACAACGGCUACACAUGUGGGGCUUGUUACGAGAUGAAGUGCGUGAAUUCUCCACAAUGGUGUUUGCCCGGAACCAUCAGAAUCACAGCUACAAACUUCUGUCCACCAGAUUUUAGCAAGAGCAAAGACUGUUGGUGCAAUCCACCACAAAAACACUUUGAUCUCUCCCAACCAAUGUUCCUCAAAAUCGCCAAGUACAAAGCCGGGGUUGUCCCGGUUAGAUAUAGACGUGUUCCUUGCGCGAAAACCGGUGGUAUCAAGUUUGAAAUCAAGGGAAACCCUCAUUUUCUUAUGAUCUUGCCAUACAAUGUAGGAGGAGCCGGAGAUAUUAAGGCCAUGUGUGUUAAGGGAACGAAGACCGAGUGGAUAACGAUGAGCAAGAAUUGGGGACAGAUUUGGACCACUGGUGUUGUGUUAACCGGACAAUGUUUAUCGUUUAAAAUCACUACAAGUGAUGGAAUUACGAAAGAAUUUAUGGACGUAACACCACCGACUUGGGGAUGUACUGGACAGUCGUUUGUUGCAAAGCAUAACUUUUAG